AUGUCAUUUUUCCUUUGGAUCAUUUUCUUUUCCUUUAUUAAACUUUACCCCCUUUUUUCAUUUACCUCGUUUUUUUUCCUUUACAACGUUGUCUUUUCCUUUAUUACACUCUUCCUUUACCUAAUUUUUCAUUUACUUCUUUUUUCCUUUACCUUAUUUUCUUUUCAUUUAUCUCAUUUUUCAAUACCUCGUUUUUCAUUUAUCUCAUUUUUUCCUUUAACUCGUUUUUUUUUCUUUUAUCAGAAUUUUACUUUACCUGGUUUUACAUUUUCCUUUACCACAUUUUCCUAUUCUCUCAUUUUUCCUUUACCUCGUUUUUCUUUUACCUCGUUUCCCCUUAUCUCAUUUUCGUUCACCUCGAUUCCGUUAUCUCAUUUUUCAGUUACCUCGCUUUUCCUUUAUCGCUUUUAUCCUUUACGUCAUUUUAUUUUCUUUACACCCUUUUUGUUUUACUUCCAUUUUCAUUUACCUCAUUUUUCUGUUUUCCUUAAUCUUAUACUCCUUUACCUCAUUUUCUUUUCAUUUACCUCUUUUUUCCUUUAA